AUGGGGCUCAAUAACGGAGGCAACAAUGCAACAAUUGAAUCUCUAUGGAAUUCUUGGAUUCCGAGGAAAGUCAAUCUCUUAAUAUGGAGGGCAAUCAUCAACAGGCUACCAACAAAGACAACUCUAAAACAUAGAGGCUUACCCAACAUUGAGGAGGGCUGCAUCUGGUGUAAUUUCGGGUUAGAUGAGCCACAACAUAUCUUCAUCAGAUGCCAAGUUGCUCGGUUUAUCUGGUCUGUUAUUGCAUCCUGGUGUAAAACUCCUCAACUCGCUACAGUACAAGACAUACUCGAAUGGAUAGAUAUGGUAAACAAUUUGGAUGGAGCGAAAGAAAAAAGGAAAAUCAUUAAAUCAAUCGCUUUCACAACAGUUUGGGUGUUAUGGCUUAGGAGAAAUGAGAAGAUCUUCAAAACAAAUGAUAUCCAAAUACAGAGCUCGGUUGUAGACAUCAAAACUUUGUCGUUCUUAUGGGUCUCAAGCAGAUCUAAUCUCAGAGGUUUAACAUGGGAGCAGUGGAACACGUUCUCGAUAGUUUAA